AUGACCACCAGCGUCGUGACCCAGGCUCCUGAGGCACCCGUGUGCUCGCAGGAAGUAGCCCAAGCUGAAGCUGUUGUGCCCCCGAGAGAGAAGAGCUCUGGAUCAGAUGAGACACAAGUAGAGACUGGGUCUCCUGAAACGACAGAGUUCAAAGAGGGCGGUUAUGGCUGGGUUGUGACCAUAGCGGUUCUCCUCAUUAAUGCCCAUACCUGGGGACUGAACUCAUCUUAUGCAGUUUUCCUUGCCUACUAUCUACGGUCAGGGACGAUUACCGGCGCUUCACCGCUUGCUUUCGCCUUUGUGGGCGGUCUCUCUAUCUCAACAUCCAUGCUGGUAUCUCCCAUUGUCACCUGGUCUAUUGGCAAGUUUGGGACCUCCCUAACCCUCCGGUGUGGCGUUGUCCUUGAGGCGGUCUCUUUCAUCUGUGCUUCCUUUUCUACCCAUGUUUGGCACCUCCUCCUCAGCCAAGGCCUCUGUUUUGGAAUAGGCCUUGGGUUUUGCUUCAUCUCCACAGGUGGUGUUGUUCCGCAGUGGUUCGUUAAAAAACGCUCCUUUGCCAACGCCGUCGCCACUUGUGGUUCUGGCUUUGGCGGGCUCACUUAUUCACUGGCCACAAACUCCAUGAUUUCCAACCUUGGCCUGGCCUGGGCAUUUCGCAUCUUGGCUAUCGUCUCAUUUGUAGUGAAUGGUGUGUGCAGCAUCCUUGUCAAAGACAGGAAUAAGGCUGUCGGAGCGAUUGUUGUGCCCUUCCAUAAGGGCUUACUCAAGAACCUCGACUACUGGUUAUACCUGGGCUGGGGCUUCUUCUCUCUCAUUGCCUACGUAAUUGUCGUCUUUUCUCUCACGGAUUAUUCUCAAUCUGUAGGAUUUACAGCGAGUCAAGGAUCACUCGCUGCUGCUAUAUUCAACUUGUCCCAGGGCCUUGGAAGGCCGUUGAUUGGUCUCGCUAGUGAUCGGCUCGGGAGAAUCAAUGUCGGCGCACUUGGAAAUCUGAUUGCAGGCCUUGCCGCUUACUUCCUUUGGAUCUUUGCUGGUAAAUACUUUGGUGGCUUGAUCGUCUAUGCCUUGUUUGGCAUGUUUGCUGGCAACAUCUGGCCCUGUGUUGCGCCAGUUGGAGUCGAGGUUGUUGGCUUACAAUUGUUGCCAGCUGGUACUGUCACUCAAAUGCAUCCCCCCGAGAUUAUCCUCGAGAAAUGGCUGGCGCUAAUAUUCCCUGCAGCGUUAUCUCUAUACUGUGCUGAAGUUAUCGGCCUAAGCCUCCGGACAUCGGGCAUUUAUGCAUACCUUAAUGUUCAAGCCUUCACAGGAACAAUGUUUGUGGUCUCGUUCUUGUUCUAUGCCGGAAAAUCCAACAACUGGAUCUACUGGGUCUAG